AGGGCCCAUUUUACAUAAUUUUAUAAAUUAUCAAUGUAUUUGUGCGGAUUCUAUACCAUCGGUAAGACUGAAAUGCUUUUCUAUCGACAGAGUUCUUCUAAGAACCUUCUUCCUGUGCUGUGGGAACAGUGGUCAGUCAGUGAGUGGUUCUGUCUGUCUGGACUCUGCAGCGGUUCUGGAGCCGCCGGUCUGCCUGCUGGAAACAGACCAGUGAGCUCAUCCCGGCUGCAUGCUGAGGAGGGCGGGGCUCCCAGCAUCAUCAGCACCGGCCAUCACUGCUUCAUUGUAGGGGCUGCUGCUGAUGCUGAGGUUACAGACGAGGAGCGAUCAGGUAUAGUGAUAAAAAAACAUGCCGAGGUGAUCAUAUCAUGGACACACAUUCUGUGACAUCAGACUGCAACUCGUGAUGGAAAUCGAUCACACGCCCUUCUGUCUGACAGGAUAAUGAGGAGGAGGAGAACUUGGAAACUGUUGCAGCCCCUUAAAAAGUUAUGGUGAGGUUUUCAUGAAAACUGUAGGAGAGACUGACUAGGAUUUGACUCGAUGGCCAAGAAAGGUCGUACAAAGGGCGAAAAGCCCGAAGCCCUCAUCUCAGCCCUGCAGGCAGCCAAUGAAGAUCUCAGGUCAAAGUUGACAGACAUUCAGAUCGAGCUUCACCAAGAAAAAUGCAAGGUGAGCAAGCUGGAGCGGGACAAAGUGCAGGAGGUGAAGCGGGUACGAGAGCAGGAGCAGCACCGUCACACUGCCAUGCUAACAGAGCAGCGGGCCAAGUGGCACGAGGACAAACAAAAGGAGCUGCAAGCUCUCAGGGAAAACCUGACCCGGCAGCACGAGCAGGAGCUGGCUCGCCACGCCAAAAUCAAAGACCAGGAGAAUCAGAGGCUCAAAGCCGCCCUGAACGCCAUACGUGAUGGCAGCGGAGAGAAGGUUCGCACUGCACUGACUCUGGAAGCCAAAGAGGAGGCGCGCCGCUUCUUUGACCAGGAGAGAGUGAAGCUCCUGCAGGAGAUAGCGGAGCUAAAGACUGCCAAGAAGCAGACUGACGAAGCGCUCAACAACAUGAUCCAGGCCGACAAAAUGAAAGCUGGGGACCUGAGGGUGGAACACCAGCAGCACCAGGAGCAGAUCUCCAAGAUCAAGUGGGACUGCGAGAGGGACAUCCGCAGACUGGUGGAUGAAAUCAGAUCAAAAGACCGCACCAUUUUCUCGCUGGAGAAGGAGCUGGAGUCAACCACCGGGUUCCUGCAGAAGCUGCAGCUUCAGAAAGAUGCUCUGGAUGAACAGCUGUUCCUGGCCAAGGAGGCAGAGUGUGGCCUGGGAAGCCCGAAAAGGGAGAUUCCCGGCAGAGCUGGAGACGGAGCGGAACACUGUGGCAGCCCAGACCUGAGGAGAAACCAGAGACGAGUUGCCGAACUCAACUCAACAAUACGCAAACUGGAGGAUCGCAACACGCUGCUGGUUGAUGAAAGAAAUGAACUGCUGAAGAGAGUUCGAGAGUCAGAGAAGCAGUGCAAACCCCUGUUGGACAAGAACAAGCUGCUGAAUAAGAGGAACGACGAUUUAACCCAGACGAUCCAAAAGUUAGAGGAGAAACUCAAGAGCCUGGCCAAGGAGAACCUGGAGAUGAAGGAGAAGAUCAGCUCCCACCCACCGCUCAAGAAGCUCAAGUCUCUCAACGACCUGGACCAGGCCCAAGACGACCAGGAAACAGCCUUUCUUAAGCUUCAAGUCCUGGAGCAGCAGAACAUCAUCGAUGAACUGACCAGGGAUCGUGAGAAGUUACUAAGAAAGAAAAGGCAUAAAAGAAGCUCGAGGCCCAUAAAGAGACAUAUUGUCGUUGACACCUUUUUCGGGUAUGAUGAAGAGUCUAUGGAUUCAGAGUCGUCCUCGGUGGCUUCGUUUCGCACGGACCGCACUCCGGCCACUCCUGAUGAAGACCUGGACGUGGGGCUCGCCAACGAGGAGUCAGAGCUGCGUUUCCGUCAGCUGACCCGGGAGUACCAGGCCUUACAGCGAGCCUACGCCCUGCUGCAGGAACAGAAAGGAGGAGUACUGGACGCCGAGAUGGUAGCCAAGGCUCAGGAGCAGAUCCAAGCAGAUGUUCUCAGGUACAAAGCUAAGAUAGAAGACCUGGAGAAGGAACUCACUCUGAGGGGACAGGAUUCCAAAUGGGUGGAGGAGAAACAGCUCUUCUUAAGAAGGAACCAGGAGCUGCUGGACAAGAUUGAAAAGAUGGAGUCUGAGUGCAGUCGGCUGCAGCUGGAGCUACAAGACUCCAGAGACCAGAACGAGCUGUUGGAGUUCAGGAUAUUGGAACUUGAGGAGCGUGAGAGGAGAUCUCCUCCAUUCAACCACCUGAGAAUGCAUCCUUUUUCUGAGGGGAUCAGUGCCCUUCAGAUCUACUGCAUGAAGGAGGGAGUGAAGGAUGUGUGCAUACCUGAUCUCAUCAAACUUCUAGACAUCCUAGGAGACAAUGGGAAUUUAAGAAAUGAAGAACAGGUGGCUAUUAUUCAGGCCAGCACUGUUUUGUCGCUCGCUGAAAAGUGGAUCCAGCAGAUCGAGGGGACGGAGGCGGCACUGCACCAGAAAAUGAUGGACCUGGAGAUUGAGAUGGAGAUGUUCUGUAAACAGAAAGGAUAUCUGGAGGAAGAACUGGACUACAGAAAACAGGCCCUGGACCAGGCCUAUAUGCAAAUCCAGGAACUGGAAGCAACUUUAUACAACGCUCUGCAACAGGACAAGGUGAUUAAAUACGGUGAACCCCUGGAUGAACUUCAGAGGGAGCAGCUGCGGACCGCCGUGGAGAAGCUCCGGAGACAGAUGCUGAGGAAGAGUCGAGAGUACGACUGCCAGAUCCUCCAGGAGAGGAUGGAGCUGCUGCACCAGGCUCAUCAGAGGAUUCGUGACCUGGAGGACAAGACAGAAAUUCAGAGGAGGCAGAUCAAAGACCUGGAGGAGAAGGUGGCGUCUCAGUUUGACUACAGUGUUGUAUAUUUUCUGGACAAGUGUGGACCAGUGUGUGUCAUAGCAUCAGUGACUGCUGUCAGUGUGAGGUGGACGUGACAUGUGUUGGCCCAGGGUGUUCACACUUAAGACUUCCUCCCUCUUAGUUUUUAUUUAAAUGGCGAUGGGGUUGUCAGUACGAUCCCCAGGUUGGUAUAUAUUUUUAAAGUGGUCUUCGACCUUGAACAUCAUUUCAAACAGCAAAAAAAAACAGAACGGAACAAAAAAGAAAACAGAAAGAAAGACGGACACAGUGCAGUGUAUGGACAGGCAUGCAGGAAAGCAUGCGGAUGCAAACCACAGACGAGCUUUGACAAAUCCAAACCAAAGCCUGGGGAAUGUUUUCUCUGCCAUGCAGGGUAAUAUUAUGCCACUCAGCAGCAUUUAACCACAGCGGGAAACAUACACAAACAGAACAAGUCAUAAACAAAGAGGAACAGAAACAAACACCAGACCACUGCUUCUCCUCUUCUCCUCUGCUGCUGCCUUUACUUUCCAAACCUGAGAGGAUGAACGCCACCUCUUGAUGAAAAAGAAGCGAGACAUCUCAGGGCUCAGAGUGCAGAAAACAGCGCUGGUCUGGGGUCAGAUGAUUUCAAGGAACUCCGCGGCCUGUUUUUUGACUGGCCUUCUGUCACUGAUCCCAGCCUGGUGCUCGAAAAGACCGAACUCUCCAGAGCGUAGACCUAGGAAACAGACAGAAAUGCAGAGAGAGAGAAAGACAAACCUGCACUCCUUCCACCUGGAGCUCCACAGACUCAAACACCUGCAAUUCUUAGACCUCGUUUCCACUUCCACCACAGGCCAGCAGACUGAACCUUCCUCCCAUUUUUUUUACAGCUCUCACCAACCACAUGCUGUGUCCCAUGAUUCCCACUGAGAAAAACCCCACGUGUACACUGACAUAUAUACAUCUGUUGAUAUGUAAAUGUAUGAUGUUUAUUUUAUGCUGCCCUCUCCCCAUUGACUUCUGUAAAAGUUUGGAUUUUUUUUACUCUGAUGCAGUUUGAACGGUUAAUGUACUAAAAAGAAUUCUAAUGUGAAAGAUUGUUAGGAUAUGACUUGAUAAAUGAUGAAGUGAUUCCUGCGCCAUUCACAUUUUCUCUCUAUUUAAAUAACCGGACUUAUGUGUAAGCUGCGUUAGUCUGGUUGACCAACAAGGGGCGCUGGUUAAAUAUGAGUAACUUUGAAUGCACCCUUUAACAGCUGAGUACGUUACCUUUAUACUAACAGUAUUUUUCAGGUGAUCGAAUUGGUAUGAAUUUAGUUGUGUCCAUUGGUAUCUGCAGGCCAUAAGGUGGCGUCAGUGAGCAAUAUGGGGGCAGAGUCUACACCCUGGACAGGUAGAUGCACCAUCACACAGUCAUGUACAGUCAAACAUCUACUCACACUUCAGAUUUGAUUUUUCCUUGUUUUCUAAAUAACUUUUUUUUUUAAAUUUGAUUAAAGAAUAAACAAUCGUAUAAACUGACAGCUGCAACACACACUAUACAAAAAGACACUCUGAUCUGAUCUGAUCUGAUCUGAUUUGAUCUGAUUUGAGCUGACUGGUGUAUCCUAAAGUCAGAGUCUCCUUUUAUUUCCUCACUGUGUCUCUGCAGUUCUUUUUAUCAUUUUUUUAUGACUUGGAUGCAGAUCCACCAUGAUGCCCCCCAAGACCGUCACAGAUAUCACCUGUCCAUAACAGUCUAGACCUUUGUGAGCUGGCACAUAUUUUACAUUAGAAAAAUUCCAUGACAUAUCACCAAACACAAGAAGUGUGUGAAAUUAAAUCUAAUGAUCUCUUACUUUCUCAGUGAGAAACCUGGGCCUGUUUAGUUGAACACAACGGUGAUAUACUCACAGGAAUCAAAGAAAGACAGAUGAAGAUCUUCAAGAGCUCUGAGUGUCUCUCCUUUAUUAAAAAAAGGUUUUGUAGCCAUUUGUUGCCACCUAGUGGAAAAGUUCUUCUUAGAGCAAGACAAAUGAGUAGUAAAUUAGUACUACUAAUUAGUAUUAGUACUAAAUCAACUAUAAUUGCCACAUCAAUUAGGUGAAUAUAGCUCAUUUACCACUGUACAUCUG